UGCGGAAGCUGCUUUUCGGGCAGUUUCUGGGCGUGUCAGUGUAAAAAAAAAAAAAAAAAAAGAUUGUAUUUUAAACACUUGACUGCCGCCGUCUCUGCGUUUACUGACUGCUUGAAGAAACGCGUCUGUCAACACAUGGCGUCAUCUACCCCUCUUUCCAAGGCUAACACCAACUUCUCUCUCGAUUUGCUGAAAAAAUUGGGCGAUGAUGACAAGACUGCAAAUAUCUUCCUUUCCCCCUUAAGCAUCUCUUCAGCCCUGGCUAUGGUGAUGCUCGGAUCGGGGGGCAACACAGCUGCACAGAUGUCAGAGGUUCUCAAUUUCACUGAGCGAGAGGCACGGCCAGAGCCAAUGCAAAUGCAAAUGCAACAAGUCCAGUCCAUGUUUCUGCCAAAGUGUCUGCAAACCAAAGGCCAGGAUGAAGUUCAUGCCAGCUUUGCCAAACUGCUGGCUGAGCUGAACAAACCAGACGCGCAGUACGCCCUCAGUGUUGCCAACAGACUGUACGGGGAGCAGUCUUACCAGUUUGUUGAGCGUUUCCUAGCAGAAACAAGGAAGCACUACAAAGCUGAGCUGGAGUCUGUGGACUUUAUCGGUAACCAUGAGGGAGCCAGGCUCAACAUCAACCAAUGGGUCGAGAAGGAGACACAAGGUAAAAUUAAGGAUGUACUGGUCCAGGGUGUGUUGGACAGCAUGACCAGGCUGGUGCUGGUCAAUGCCAUCUACUUUAAAGGCAACUGGGACAAAAAAUUUAAGGAGACCUCAACACAGGAUGCCAAAUUUAGGAUCAGCAAGAAUGACACCAAACCAGUGAAGAUGAUGCACCAGAAAUCCAAAUUCCCCCUCACCUUCAUUCCUGAUAUCAACUGCCAGGUCUUGGAGAUGCCUUAUGUAGGGAAGGAGCUCAGCAUGCUCAUCUUUCUACCCACUGAUAUAAACGACAAUUCAACGGGUCUGAGUGAGAUAGAAAAGAACCUGACCUAUAACAACUUCAUGGAGUGGACCCGUCCUGAUAUGAUGGAUGUAGUCGAGGUCCAGGUUGGCCUACCUCGAUUCAAGAUGGAGGAGAAGUAUGACAUGAAGAAUGUCUUGGUCAGCAUGGGAAUGGUGGAUGCCUUCGACAGGGGCAGAAGUGAUUUUUCUGGCAUGUCACCUGCCAAUGACCUGGUCUUGUCAAAAUUCGUCCACAAGGCUUUUGUCGAGGUGAACGAGGAGGGAACCGAGGCUGCCGCCGCGUCUGUUGCCAUCAUGAUGUUGCGCUGUGCUCCGAUAACACCCAGAUUCAUCGCGGACCACCCCUUCCUCUUCUUCAUUCGACACAACGCGUCAAUGAGUGUCCUUUUUGCUGGCCGAUAUUGCUCCCCUGUUUGAGCAUUUUCGUGCUUCACUGCAAACUUUUUAAUCUCUAGCAUGGUUCCCUGCUUAAAAAAAAAAACAAAAACAAAAAAAAAACAGUAUGGACCAGCAUGGGUUUUAAUUUUUUUUGUUUUGCGCUGGGCUUGCUGGUGUUACCAGCAAGAUUAGCAGCAAAAGCAUAACAAAACAGCCAAUAUUCUAACAGCCGAGCCUUUGGUGCCAGGUGCCUUCCACUACCGUUCUGUACUGCGUAUACUUUGCACAUAUUCUAAAUUCAACCUUCCUAGAGCGUUAGGAAAACAAAUUUUAUUGUCUAAUCCCCAUCACUCCAUUCAUUGUAUGAAACCAAAGAGAAUAAUGAGAUAAAGAUACAUUAUCAGCACCUGUGUGAUGUUGUAAUCCCUAUUAGGAAUGUACACUGCUGUACAGUUUGCAAUAAUUAACUAAAGUAAACAUGGAAAUAUCAACCGCUCAACUAUUCUAUAUUGUCGAUACAUAAUCCUUUAUGUAUGCAAUAAAAGUCUGUUUGAAAACACAAAA